ACGCUGCGUGUGGAGUGGAUUGGAGUUUGAAGAAGGAAGCAGCUGGUGGUUAUUUCAACCGAACGCACUCAUUGAAAUCACCUGAACCUCUCUUUUUUACUGCUAGAAUAAUGCCACGUGAAUUAAAGAGAGAGAGAGAGACACCCUAACGCUUUCUGAAUAUUCAAAAAGGGCAGUUAUUUAAAGUGCUUUAGUUUUCUGUGAGCGUCAGUUCAGAAGAGAGAGAGGAACAGAGAGUUACAGCAGAAUUCCACAAACAUUACGAGAACGCUGCUUUGGAAUUCUGAACCAGGCAGAGAGUUCCAUUCGGAUCACGCCAAAGUUCCAUUUGGAAACGUUUAAGGAACGUCGGAGGAGCGUAAAGAACGCUUCUGCGCUCUCACUUUGAGAAGGUCAUUUGGUGAACCCUUGGCGGGAAAAACUAGAGCGAUGCGCUACACGUUCAAGCCGGAUGACUGUAUGGUCAUCAGCAUUCCUCUGGGAAGCCUCAGGAACACGAGAGACGGUCAGCUGAUGCCUGAGAAAUUCACCUGCGUCUUCAAAGACACGUACAAGAUCUUCCUCAAAGGACGGCCGAAGGAGCUCGGGGCGGCUCAGCUCAGCGUCGGGGUGUUUCUGAUCUGCAUCGGCAGCCUCGUUAGCGUCGAGUACGGCGCAUCCCACCUAGUGUACACCCUACCCAGCGCCCUGUUCAUCGCCAGCGGCCUCCUGACGUUCGCAGCCGGAAAAUCCCCGCUGAUGGCCGUGGUGAAGCUGUCCUUCGUCUUCAACAUCGUCAGCCUCUUCUGGUCCAUCGCGGCUAUCGUCCUCUGCCCGCUGCUGGACGAAGGAUCUCCGUUUAGGCACCUCGGCGCAGACGAGCGUUCAAGGACAAGCAUGUUCGUGGGGCUGAAGGCGGUGAUCGGGGUGCUGUGCGGCUUCGAGAUGAUCCUGGCCCUGGUUCUGAUCUACUGGGAGAGCAAAGCCGUGUGCCGGGCUCACUUCAACACUCUGCCCUUGAUCACCAUCAAGCAGGACGUCUGAUCGGGAUCCCCGGACUGUAUAGUAUUGCUUGUUUAAUGGCUUUUUCUGCUGGUCCUGCGGCGUCGGGGUCAAGGGUUCGAUUCCCAGGCUGUACAGACGUGUUUGCCAUGUGCACGGAUGUGAACGUUUUCCGUGCAUUCGCUCGCUAUUAAAACACCGAGUAUUUUGUGCAAUGCUGGAUCAGACGAGCUACUGUAAUCGUUUUAACCUGAAGUAUAGGAACGCAGGGUUUCGUUGACGUGAAACUGGUGUGGCUCGUCUUCGUACGUGAGAUCUUCAGAAAACCGCAGCCGCUGCUGACCAUGAAGAUAUUCAAGAGGUGUUAAAAUACAAAAAACAAAGAGCGCAACAGAUGAACGGCUCUCUUCAAUCCCAGAAUUUUAUGCAUUAAAUGUAGCUAGCCUUUAUGCAAUUAAAAAUAAACAGCUUGAGAAGGCC